CUUCUGUAUUCUUUUUGAUUUUGACUCUGUCCUCCUUUCCCUCCCUCUUUGAAAACUCAUACUACGAAAUGUCGGUAAUAUCUAUCGACAUCCAGCCUGAGAGCGAUUCAGUCCACCUGUUUAAGGGUGAAAACAUGAUCCCCAACGAAACGGUUACGCUCAAGGGCCAUGUUCAACUCACCUUAUUACGGCCUAUCCAAAUCCGCCAAAUCACCAUCCAGCUCAAGGGCACUGUACGCAACAUUAUAUCCAACGACAUAUUACGAAGUACCGAGCCACUGUUCGACGAAAACGACACACACUUGUGGCCUGUGGCCGUGUUACAGAGUAAUAGUAACAUACCUCUUGUUGAUCGCGUGACCCGUCGUGCGUUAAAUGCAGCCAUGGGCUAUACUAGCGCUAGCCAGACAAUUGUUCGCGAACAGACCCAUUUAUUCAAUGCCCAGAGCAACUCUACUACGUCGUCGUCGUCUUCAAAAAAAUCAGCACCGAUAAUAGCAUUACCAGCUGGGGUAACACGAUAUCCAUUUGAGUUGACUAUACCCAAUGCCGACCAGUUACCUCCCUCCAUACUACUGCCACGCCAUUCGAUCAGUUACGAGCUCUCGGCAAAGCUGCGCCUUUCUUCAUUUCGGGAAAUUGCCAAGAUGACUUAUUGGAACGCCCGGUCCAGUGCCUCGCUUAGCUUCCUGACGAGCAGUGCUAGCACCAGUACUUCCAACAAUAAACGAAGGCGACGGUUCAGCCGAUCAUCUUCAUCGUCGGUCUCCACACGAGAUUCAUCAGCAGAAGCAGCAACUACUUCUCCAGCACCGCCACGGAUAUUACAAGAACAGCAAGAUCAGCAACUAGAAGCACAACAACAGCAACUUGUAUUUUCCAAGCAGAAGCAAAAAAUGCUACGCACUAUCAAGCCGAUCCACGUGUUCUGCCACGGCCACGGCAGCUUGCAGAUCCUCGAAUACCAACAACGGAUACGGUACCGCGGAUCCCGGGAACGCCACCUACGAUACGAAGUUUCCAUGGCAAAAUAUUUGUGUUUACAAAAGAAAAAAUUCGAUCUUGUGUGUCAUUUUUUCCCUCUGCGUGACGAGGCUGCCAUUGCUUCCAUUGAAGCCCACGUGGAACAAACAGAAAAGUAUCCGUUACGUGCUGGCCGAAUCCGGGAAUUUGACCCAAUGCCGCCUGAAAUACUUAUUUCCAAAUCUUCACGACCGAUAUCCAUGAAACGUGUUGUUGAUCCAGAACAAGAUGACCUUGGCAACCUCCCACUGUCGAUUCCAAUUGAUUCUCUCCAUGUCGCUCAAGACGUCGAUACCCUCUCAUUGAAAAUUACACACAAAAUCCGUGUUAUUGUUCACUUUCGGAACCCCGAAGUGCGCAAAAUGUCACUCAGCUUCCCUAUUGUCAUCGGGACCGUACCUGUCAACCACGGAAACGCUACUAUGCCGACAACGACAACCCUUGUAGCACAGGAACAUCCGGCUGAUUGGGAUUAUGGCUACUACUAUAACGAUGACGACGACGAUGACUGGAUAGACAUUGUCGGCGCAGAUCAAACUCAGCGGUCGAGCGAUUAUCAUAAUAGCAAUGACACUAGCAACAACCGUUUGCCCGAGAAAUUGCCUACGUAUUACGACGUGCUUCAUGAAGGGGCCCCGCCUGCUGCGUUUAUUGACGAUGACCUGUCCCAGCACCCGUCUCUGCUUGUAUGAAGGAAAAAAACAAGAUCGCUCUGGUAGAAAGGAAAAAAAAGGGUGUUUCGAAGCCCUACGAGUGGCGAUGGAAGGAUCGACAUGUCGCAGCUUCAUUUAACUA